GCCCCGAUUGGCUGUGACGCGCAGCCGGGCGAGGCCCCCGCGGCGCCACCGCCGCGCCCGGCGCUGGGCGGUCAUUGGGCGGCGUGAUCUCGCCGCGGUUCCGCGGCCCUGCCGCUGCCGCCGCCGCCGCCAGCAGAGCGCACCGGGCGGGCCAGGCGAGUGGCCAUGGCGGGCGCCGAGGACGGGCCGUGCCAGCAGCCGGAGCUGGAUGAGGAUGAAGUGGCGGCUUGCCGGCGCUGGGGCGCGCAACAUGCCGGGGCCCGCGAACUGGCUGCGCUCUACUCUCCAGGCAAGCGCUUCCAGGAGUGGUGCUGUGUCGUCCUGUGCUUCAGCCUCAUUGCCCACAACUUCGUCCACCUCCUGCUGCUGGCCCGCUGGGAGCACACACCCCUUGUCAUGCUGGGUGUGGUCGCUGGAGCUCUGAUCGCGGACUUGCUGUCUGGUCUGGUGCACUGGGGUGCCGACACGUGGGGCUCCGUGGAGCUGCCCAUUGUGGGGAAGGCUUUUAUCCGGCCGUUCCGGGAACACCACAUCGACCCCACAGCCAUCACACGACACGACUUCAUCGAGACCAACGGGGACAACUGUCUGGUGACCCUGCUGCCACUGCUCAACAUGGCCUACAAGUUCCGCACCCAGAGCCAUGAAGCCCUGGAGCAGCUGUACCCCUGGGAGUGCUUCGUCUUCUGCCUGAUCAUCUUCAGCACCUUCACCAACCAGAUCCACAAGUGGUCACACACGUACUUCGGCCUGCCGCGCUGGGUCACCCUCCUGCAGGACUGGCACGUCAUCCUGCCCCGGAAACACCACCGCAUCCACCACGUCUCGCCCCACGAGACCUACUUCUGCAUCACCACAGGCUGGCUCAACUACCCGCUGGAGAAACUCGGCUUCUGGAGACGCCUGGAGGACAUUAUCCAGGCCCUGACCGGGGAGAAGCCCCGAGCAGACGACAUGAAAUGGGCCCAGAAGAUCAAGUAGCUCUGUGGGACGAGCCCACCAUGUGGUUGCCAACCUUCCCUCGCCCCCACCCCCCUACGCUGAAGCCAUCUGCCAAACUCCAGCCUCCUUGCUGCUGGCCCCUCUGUUGGAGAGGACGCCUCCUGGGCUGGGCCCAGGCCCCCCAGUCCACCCCUCGUGACACAGAAUAUUGGAGCCACUGAUUCUUGUCUCCGUUUUCUUUCCUCCCUGGUCCCCAGCCACCUAUCUCUGUCGGCCAAGCCU